AUGGCGCGAUUCCAGCCCGUGCUCCGCCAACCGUCAACUCCCAAUAAGACGCAGAAACCCAACCUCAUACUGAUCGACCUCGUCGCCGCCAUUCUCCCCUUCUUCAUUCCUCGCAGGCAAAGGAGGUUCUCGUCCAUCUUUUCAUCUGCUGUACAGCGAGCGUUCGGCGCCUUGACGCUCAACCUCGCUCACCACCCUGCACCACGCUACUCCACGCGACCCAUCGACCAGGCCAUCCACAUAUCCACGCCAGCCAUUCCAGCCCGACGACUACACGAGAUGGCCUCUCAGAAACGCCCUGCCUAUGCUAGAGCCGUGCUCGGCGGUGAGGACGUCCAGGCAGCCGCGAAAGCCAGAGCCGAUGCAGCCAAACCGUAUGCUCGGCGGCUUGAGGACAUACUUCGCGAACUGCCGGCGUACGUGGAAGACGAUGGAGAGCAAGAGCAGUUACGUGACGAGAACCAGCAGCUUCGUGCUCAGCUCGAAGCCUUCAACAGCGCCGGCCAGACACAGACAUCUUCGACCGCUCAAGCUGCUCAAUCUACCCAGUCAAUCGGCGCACCUGCCCGGACCAUCCCUCGCUCGAGCGACCUCACCCGACCAACGUCGGCCGACGAAGCCGACAUCCACCGACUCGAACAAAAGCGGGACGCUCUGCUUGGAGAGGUGGAGAGACUGAAGAAGAGCAGGACGAAUGCGUGGUCAGAGAAGCCCGACGCUGAACAGCAGUUGCGGGCUGCCGUCGCAGAGCAGGCUCGAGCAGAGGAAUUGCGUAACCAAUACGCGAGCAAGUGUGCAGAUGCGGAGGACCAGAUUGAGGAGUUGAAGACCCAGAGAGAGGAGCUUGAUGAGGACGACAUCCGCAACUUGGCCGAAGACAAAGAGGAGGCUUCGCGUGGCCACAAUUUGAAGUCCAUCAUGAAGAGUGGCAGGGAGAUCGCAAAGGGACUCCCCACCAUCACCUCCACGACCAGCAGCAGCGCCGCGCGCUCGGAGAUUCUCGACCACGGCGCAACCCUGCAGGCCGCUGAGCAGCUCAUGUCUCGCUACCUGCCAACGGAUCCGGCGAACAAGCUCCAGGGAACGAUCAAUACAUUGUACGGCGUCAUCCAUCUUGAUGCUGCAGACGUCUCCGCUGCUGCACCUCCGAUCGAGCCAUCCACCGAAGAGGGCCUCAAUUCACGACCUGGAACUGCAGAGCAGUCCACGGCCGCCAUCGUGUCUCAGCGUAAGUGA